UGUAGUUUAGACCCCAUUCUAACAUUUCUUUCUAAACUCUCAGCACAGUCGCCCGUUUCCUCCCCUUCCCCUGUUCCAGCUCUCGCUUUGAUACAGCUGCGUGUAGUCUCUCUGCUGUUCACGGUGUUAACGUCGUUGCUGCGUCCGCUGUCCUGGUCGCUUCUUCUCUCUCCUCCGCCGCUCCCUCUGGUCUCGUCGCUGCGUCCGCUGGUCCUCGUCCUAAAUCACGCCGUUGCUUCUCCUUGCCGCUACGUCCUCAGUCAAUGCAGAUUAGUCAAGGGUUCUCUACAAGCUUUGGCAAAUAAGGUCUCAAAUGGACAAGGUAGUGGAGGCAGUGGAGACGGUGAAGAAGGAAUGGGAUGAAGCAUAUGCUAAAAUGCAAGAACAUAUCAGGGCAAUUGAGGAAUAUGGCAAAUCGAGGAGAGGAGAAGUAGCAGCUACCCAGGAGAAGAAUUCUCUUCCCAGAUUGAAUGGCUUGGCACAGGAUGGUUUGGCUUUGCUCCAGUCUUUGCAAUUUAAGCUUGAUCUUCUUGCCCCUCAGUUACCUACUGAUGAUGAAGUGAAAUCAGCGCAAGCGUCACUCGAAUCAUGGAAGAACCAAUGCCAAAAACUGCGGUUGAGUUUAAGAAAUGCUAAUUUGCAAGCCAAGGCAAACAUGAGGAAAGCUGCUCAGGAAGAGAGAGAACUUCUAUUGGGUGGUGGAGAAGAGUCAACAAUCCGCAGACGCAAUUUGCAAACAAAGGCUGGGAUGACAUCUGCAGCAGAAAGCAUCACCGAGAGCCUUCGCCGCACUCGUCAGCUAAUGGUUCAGGAGGUUGAAAGAAGUGCUAGCACACUCAUGACUUUUGAGGAAUCAACAGGUGUAUUAAGGAAGGCUGAAAGUGAAUAUAAGGGCCAUCGGUCAUUGUUGAUGCGGACCCGAAAUCUACUUUCCACAAUGCAACGUCAGGAUGUUCUUGAUAGAGUGAUACUUGCAGUAGGAUUUUUCUUGUUUACUUUUGCUGUUCUUUAUGUGGUUUCAAAGCGGAUUGGGCUGCUUAAGUUGCAGAGAACUGUCACCGCUGCCAUAAAGGCUGGUAUGGCUGGACAAGGUGAAAUGAGGCCAAGAGGAGUUGAAAAUGGUGUGGAUAUUGGUCAGGCUUACGGCAAUGUUGUUCGCAAGGUGGAGGUACCAUUAGGUCAGCCUAUGCAUGACGAACUUUGAGAUUGUAGUUCCUUCCCCAGCACCAGCACCAGCACCAGCACCAGCACCAGCACCAGCACCAGCACCAGCACCAGCCCCAGGCCCCCAUCCCUUCACUUUUUUUUUGGCUUAUAAAGAAAGGGAAGGGUGGUGUUCUCUGCUGGGACUUGUAUUUUUCUCCGCUAGAGCAUUAGGCUCUAAUGCAUUUUUUGCCUUUUCUUUUUCUUCCAAUUUUUGUUUUUGUAGAUAAAUUUGGUAAGUUUGUGAUCUAAUAUUCAACAAUGAGAUGGGCUCAUGAAACCUUGAGUACUGAACAAAACUAGGAAUGGAGCAGGUUGUGAAGUAAUGUGCACAAGCUACUAUAGCUUGAAUUCCCUAAGAAUUUUCUUAUUUGGGAAAGUGGAGUGGCAUUGAAUUUUAAGGGAGUUUAUGAAUGUGAGUGAGACUUUUUGGUUGAGCCCUAAAA